CUCCUCUGCGCUGAUGCAGGAGGAGGGGUUUCCAAUAUGGCGUCGAUGCAGAAAAGGCUACAAAAGGAAUUGUUAGCCCUGCAAAAUGAUCCACCCCCAGGAAUGACGCUCAAUGAGAAAAGUGUACAGAACACCAUCACGCAGUGGAUUGUAGAUAUGGAAGGAGCACCUGGCACUCUGUACGAAGGAGAGAAAUUUCAGCUGCUUUUCAAAUUUAGUAGUCGAUAUCCUUUCGAUUCACCUCAGGUAAUGUUCACAGGAGAGAAUAUACCUGUCCACCCACAUGUGUAUAGCAACGGUCACAUCUGUUUAUCAAUUCUGACGGAAGAUUGGUCACCAGCCCUCUCAGUGCAAUCAGUUUGUCUUAGCAUUAUCAGCAUGUUGUCUAGCUGCAAAGAAAAACGACGGCCGCCUGAUAACUCGUUUUAUGUAAGAACAUGUAACAAAAACCCAAAGAAAACAAAAUGGUGGUAUCACGAUGAUACAUGCUAAUGUACAAACUUUGUAAUAACCGUAGAAGAACGAAGUCCUACUGACCUACGUAAAGCACUUUUUAUUCAUUCAGUCUUUGAACUCUGACCUUUGACUGGAACAAUGGAAACCAAGCGCUGAAGGCUCUUGACUGCAUUUCCCGAAAGGGGGAGAAGGGGGGUGGGGGGGGGGCAGUUGGCUACAUGAUUAGUCGGUUGUAACAUAGAAAAUGAAAAUAAACGGACAUCUACAAGUACACGAGAUGUAUCGUUUUUGAUUAACGAGGGAGAAAAGGCAGAUUUAUAGUCAAGACAAUUAGAAUUCCUGUGUUACAAUUAUUAUUAUUAUUGUUUUAUUUUUGUGUGUGUGGGUGCUUUAAGGUCUUUGUGUUGUGCAAUAAUGACUGAUGGAUGCUGGGGCCUACAAAGAGACAUGGAAACGUAAUCUUCUAGAAGGGAUCUGACCAUCGAAACCCCAAGAAAUGCUUCAUCAGUUUUUGUUUUUUCUCCAUUAUUAUUAUUGAUAAUAUUAUUAAAUGCACUGUGAGAGUAUCUAGUUUGGAAAGGAACUACUUGUCCGUUGUCCACACCUUGCAGACGUACUGUAAGCAGUCCUCCAUCUUAUCAGGUUUUUGUUCGUAAUUGCCCAUUGCACACAGCUUUCUUGUUCUUCAAGCUCGCCCCUGGUGGCAGUUCUUCCUGCUGCUGGACAGAAUGUCGGUACAAACGUGGAGAAGGCAGAUGAAGCGAUAGAUGCUGCAGUCAUCUGAUGACCUCGGUGUGCAUCUCCUCCUGAGACUGGGCCCCGGUUAGUCCAGCUUUUUUUUUUUUAAGACGUGCAGCAGCGACCUCUCUUCCAUUUAAAGAAUGUCAGUACGAGAACAUUUGUUGUGGUUUGUUUUAUAUGUACAAUGUAUAUUUUUUAAAUUGACAUGCUUUAAAUUUGUUUUCCUCUGAAAUGUUUGAUUUUAAAAAUGCCUGUUUUUUUUUUUUUUGACUAGCUGAUACUUUGAACGUGGGUUCUUUUUGAUGGGUCAGUGUGUUUUUUUUUCUUCUUCUUCUUUCUUUUGUAUUUUUUAUUUAAUUUAAAACCUCCGUGGAGCUCCAGAGCAGCAAUGAAUGACGAAAAGGCGAGCGUGUGUAGAAGUCUUUUGUGAUUCCCCCCCACCAUGUCAGAGUUUUGGCUCAGGUACUUUUUUCAAUAAAGAGAUCACCUCUAAAAAAAAAAAAAAAAAUAUAUUUUGAAUUUAACUAUAUUUUCACCAGAAGAGACUGUUAUGUUGACUUGUCUGAAACUAAUGUGUAUACAAGUCUUUGAAGUGAUGGAACUUAACUGGGGGUGCUCUUGGGUUUUUAUGUAAAAGACUAAAAGAAACUAGUCAAAUCUGAUUUUUCUGCUAAAUGGGAUGUGUACAGUCAAAAACAAACAAUUUGGUUAUGAAAUUCACAGUAGGCAUGCAUGCAGUUUUAAAACCUUACUCUUUAACGGUUUUUAAAAACUGAGCUCACCCCCAGAGGCUGUGGUCAUUUCAAAGAUACUUGAAGUUUCCUACUUGGUUUAUAUGUUGCUUUUCUCCAGUUUUGAAUUUAAAUUGAGUGAUGAAUGUGAUCUAGAGGAAAAUACCACAGCUGUUAAGAAUAUUUAAUGAAUGAUUAUGUUUCUUCCCCCCAUCAUUGUAAUGGACCUGGUCAGUUUGCUGUUACAGAAGCUAAAUUAAGUGGUUAAAAUAUUGUAACGCGCAGACAGAACGGCUUUCUUUCGUCCAGUGGGCAGCAAAUCACUUGGUUUUUAUUUUUCAGCGUGGUUUGAACUUUUCGCUUGCAGGUUGUCGUGAGAGUGAUCAACACAAAUGAGGGUGUGUUAUUUAUAUUUGAAAUUUUUAUUCUGGGAUGUGCAAGCUCCAUGUAAUAGGUGCCUGUUCAUUUUCAUAAUCAAUAAAAGCAUAAUUUCACUUUUAUUUAA